AUGACGCUCGCUCAAAUCCGGCAAGAAUUCUGGCCCAUAAACGACAAGGCAUUGGCAACCUACACGUUCCAACAUUGUAUUCGCUGUUUUCGAGCUAAACCUGUCCCUGUCUCGCAACCUCCUGGCCAAUACCCAAAAUCCCGUACAACUCCCUCUCGAGCUUUCACUGUCACUGGUGUGGAUUACUGCGGCCCGGUCUUUUUGAAGCCCGUUCACCGAAAGGCUGCAGCUCAGAAGGCAUACAUCGCCGUUUUCGUGUGUUUUAGCACUAAGGCGGUCCACCUCGAACUGGUAGGGGACCUCACUACCGCUGCUUUCCUGUCUGCUUUGCGACGCUUCAUGUCUCGUCGAGGCUUACCUGCUGAGAUCCAUUCGGACAAUGGUCUCAACUCUACGAUCUACUACGUGACCCAGUCGCGACGGCAAAAAUCGCUACUGAAGCUACUCAGCGUGGCAUCAGCUGGAAGUUUAUCCCACCACGAGCACCCAAAAAUCCGCAAGACAUCACUCAUCCGAGUCCUGGGUCAACGACAGCUCUCUUUCGAAGACAUGACGACGGUCCCCACUCAGAUCGAAGCGGGUGUGAACUCGCGCCCUCUCACCCCACUGUCAGAAGAUCCGGGUGAAUUAGACGUGCUUACUCCUGGUCAUUUUCUGACGGGCACAUCCCUGCUGGCAAUUCCCGACCCGGACUACACGGAUGUCCCCACAAAUCGGCUGCAACACUACCAGCAACUAUAG